AUGAAGAAGCUGCAGAGGCCUCUUUGCGUGUGGUGUGUGUGUGUGUACCUGGCAGGUGUAUGUUGGAGCGAGCGUUCGGAGCCCAUGUUUGCGGCGGUCACACACAUGGUGUUGCCGCCAGACUACGAGCACAACCCGACGCAGCUCAACUACGGCAUCGCUGUCACCGAUGUGGACGGAGACGGGGAUCUGGAGAUCUUUGUUACCGGGUAUAAUGGGCCUAACUUGGUGUUAAAGUACGACCGCAGCAGGAGGAGGCUGGUCAACAUCGCCAUUGACAACCGCAGCUCACCCUACUAUGCUCUAAGAGAUCGCCAAGGCAACGCCAUCGCCGUGACAGCCUGUGACAUCGAUGGAGAUGGAAGGGAGGAGAUAUACGUUCAUAACACCAACAACGCCUUCUCAGGCCGUACCACCUACCCUGAUAAGCUCUUUAAGUUCCGUAACGGUCGCUAUGAGGACCUGCUGAGUGAUGAGGUGAACGAGCACAGAGACGUAGCGCACCGUGUGGCCGGGCGCUCCGUCGCCUGCGUGGACCGCAAGGGCACCGGGCGCUAUGCCAUCUACGUGGCUCACUAUGCCAGUGGGAAUGUGGGUCCGCACGCACUCAUAGAGAUGGAUGAGGCUGCCAGUGAUGUCGCCGCCGGCGUCAUCGCCCUCGCCAACGUGGCAGAGGAGGCGUGGGUGAACAAGUUCACAGGGGGGCGGGGUGUGGCUGUGGGGCCCAUCAUCAGUUCCACGCUGCCUGACAUCUUCUGUGAUAACGAGUAUGGAGGCAACUUCCUCUUCCGUAACAAUGGAAACGGAACCUUCACUGAUGUGGCUCCUCAAACAGGAGUAGAGGACGCUACGCAGCAUGGAAGGGGCGUGGCUUUGGCAGAUUUUAAUCGCGACGGGAAGAUUGACAUUGUCUACGGCAACUGGAACGGCCCUCACAGACUCUUCCUCCAACUGCCAAACCGCAAACACAGAUUCAAGGACAUUGCCACGUCUAAGUUCUCUAUGCCCUCUCCUGUGAGGACGGUCAUUGCAGCAGACUUUGACAAUGACAACGAGCUGGAGGUUUUCUUCAACAACAUCGCAUACAGAGGGCCCUCUGUCAACAGACUCUUCAGGGUUUCCCGGCGGGAACAUGGGGACCCCCAAAUCGAGGAGCUGAAUGUGGGGGAGGCAGCCGAACCAGAGGGACGCGGAACAGGAGCUGUUGUGACGGACUUUGAUGGAGAUGGACGUUUGGACCUGAUUGUGUCUCAUGGAGAAAGUGCAGCUCAGCCUCUAUCAGUCUACAGAGUCAUUCAGGGCUCCUCUAACCGCUGGCUGCGUGUGAUCCCGCGGACGCGUUUCGGGGCGUUUGCUCGCGGGGCGAAGGUGGUGGUGUACACCAAGAAGAGCGGCCCACACACACGCAUUAUCGACGGGGGCUCAGGGUACCUGUGCGAGAUGGAGCCUGUGGCACACUUUGGGCUAGGUAAAGACUUGGCCACGAGUGUUGAGGUGUUCUGGCCAGAUGGUCGCUCCAUGGCCAAACCUCUGGACCGCAGCGACAUGAACACAGUCCUGGAGGUGCUCUACCCCAAAGACCAGCAGGAGCCGACUGCAGCCCCGGAGAUAGAGUGUGGACAUGGCUUUGCCGUGAGUGAGCACGGUCGCUGCACAGAUGAGGACGAGUGUACCCGUUUCCCCUCGGCGUGUCCUGUGGAGCGCCCGGUCUGCACCAACACCUACGGAAGCUUCAAGUGCCGCGCCAACAAGAGGUGUAACCAUGGAUUCGAACCCAACGAGGAAGGCACCGCGUGUGUAGCCCAGGUGGCAUAUUUCGGGGGGAGUCACUCGGACAGAGGAGGCGAGGGUGUGCGUGUGUGUGCGAAGCUGCUGCUGCUGUCACUGCUACUCUCCUCUCAGAUGACCUGAGCUGCACUCAUCCACCUGACCCUCUCUUCCUCCCUUCUUUUGUCCUUCUCAUUUUUAUCUAUCUCUCUUUCUCCCUCCUAUCUUU